GAAAGGCUCGCCCUCGGCACAGCAAAGUUUUUCUUCACUGCAGUGUGGAUCUCUGAAUCAGGACAGUAUAGAGUAAACCAGGAAGGCUUGUCACCAUGGACCCAUUUUUAUCUCUGCUGAAUUCAAUUUCUUUGAACCUAUCUGAUGGUGAUCUCUCUUCCCUUAAAUUUCUCUGUCGGAACAAAAUAAGCAAAAGGAAGCUUGAAUCAGUCAAAACUGGAAACGAUCUUUUUGCCAUCCUUCUUGAACAGCAGGAGAUUACAAGUGAUAAGAUAGAUUUUCUCCAGUUCCUGAUCAAAACCCUUAAAAGAGAUGAUCUUGCAAUGUGGCUAGAACAAUUUGUAGAAGAAGGAGAAGGCGAUAUUGUUGAUCAACCAGAUAUCAAAGAAAAACGUCGGCUGAAUGCUGCCUUUGAAGUCAUAUGUGACAAUGUUGGGAGAGAUUGGAAAAUGUUGAUUCGAAAACUUGGAAUUUCUGAUGCAAAAAUCGAUAGAAUUAUGACAGCCAACCCUUAUAAUUUGCAAGAACAAUUGAUGCAGUCACUUCGAGAAUGGCAGAAAUGGAAAGGAAAGGAAGCUAAAGUUGCUGAUGUAGUAAAAACCCUUCGGGAUUGUAAAAUGAACCUUGCAGCAGACAAAGUCGAAAAGGAACUUUCAAAACUGGAGAUAUGAAAUCCAUACAAAACCAGUUUUAAUGAUGCAUUUGUUAAUCCAGAGAAUGUGGUGCAAAGUGACGGAGUACUGCCUAAUCAUCCAAAUUGGACCUGGGCUCUUUUGGGUUUUUGUUCCUUUCUUUGCCAUUUGCUUAGAGCUACUAGUCUGAAUUUACAUGCCCCCCCCCCAAUAUCAGAAGAUGCUAAUUUGUUUGGAUGCUUCAGUUUUUGAUGCUCACCCUGAGACUAUUUAACUGAUUUGAAUUUUUUUUCCAGCAAAGGAUAAACACUCUGAGAAACCUUACAUUUUUCCCAGGUUAGGUGCCUAAAAUCAGUAGUAUCUUCUGAAAAGUCUGACCUUUGCUUCUGAGUGUUUCUGGUAUUUGCAUUCCUACAUAGGCACUAAAUUAUAAAAUUUUUGCUUCCCACUGCUGCAAAACUGGAAUAGUACUAUUAAUCUAUGGUGCCCAUCUCAAAGAAAAAUGCUGAGAGCCUUAAUUAAAUAAUUCUUAUAAAGGGUUUUGUAUUUCUUGGAUGAAGGGCUUCCUCUAUGCAAAAGCAUCUUGACUUUUGUGCAUUCAAGAGCAAAGUUUCAGUUUCUUUAAUAGCCAUAUCUCAACCUACCACUUUAUUCAAGGAAUUUUGCUUUUUAUUUCAGUUGCUUUUAAAUCUUUUUAUCUUGAAACAUACUCAGGCUGGCUGCUGUAGGAACAAGAAUGUCAGAUUUCUUGGGGGGUUUGGUGUUGGUCCAUUUUUGUAUUAAAUCUGUGGUGCAGCAUAUGCCUAGCACCCUCCUUUGAACUAUGAAACAUCUCCUGCCAGAUAGUGCUUAUUUCACCAUAUCUUCUGACAGUUGCUGAAAGUCCUCAUUUUCCACGGAAGGAUACUACACCUCUAUAGCACCAGGUCUUGAGGUUUUGAGUGGGAGGAACCUGGCUCCUAUAGUAACUUUUCCUUACCU